CUGUUCUCUGUGGCCAACUGGACCUGGCGAGCUGAUUCUGACACCUGGUGGGGGAGAAGGACGCUCUCCGCGGGGUACCGCGGGGCCUGGUGGGAGCUGGCGGCAAUGGAUGAGCAGAGCGUGGAGAGUAUUGCUGAGGUUUUCCGAUGUUUCAUUUGUAUGGAGAAGUUGCGUGAUGCACGUCUAUGUCCACAUUGCUCCAAGCUUUGUUGUUUCAGCUGCAUUCGGCGUUGGCUGACAGAACAAAGAGCUCAAUGUCCUCACUGUCGUGCUCCCCUCCAGCUCCGAGAACUGGUAAACUGUCGUUGGGCAGAAGAGGUUACCCAACAGCUUGACACCCUUCAACUUUGCAGUCUCACCAAACAUGAAGAAAAUGAAAAGGACAAAUGUGAAAAUCACCACGAAAAGCUUAGUGUGUUCUGCUGGACUUGCAAGAAAUGUAUCUGCCAUCAGUGUGCACUUUGGGGAGGAAUGCAUGGUGGACACACUUUUAAGCCUUUGGCGGAAAUUUAUGAGCAACAUGUCACUAAAGUGAAUGAAGAGGUAGCAAAACUUCGUCGACGACUCAUGGAAUUAAUAAGCUUGGUUCAAGAAGUGGAAAGAAAUGUAGAGGCAGUGCGAAGUGCAAAGGAUGAACGUGUUCGAGAAAUUAGAAAUGCAGUGGAGAUGAUGAUUGCACGUUUAGAUACACAACUGAAGAAUAAACUUAUAACAUUAAUGGGUCAGAAGACAUCUCUGACACAAGAAACAGAACUUUUGGAAUCUCUACUCCAAGAGGUAGAACAUCAGCUACGUUCAUGUAGUAAGAGUGAAUUAAUCUCUAAAAGCUCAGAGAUCCUCAUGAUGUUUCAGCAGGUUCAUAGAAAGCCUAUGGCAUCCUUUGUUACAACUCCAGUACCACCAGAUUUUACAAGUGAGUUAGUGCCAGCUUAUGAUUCGACUACUUUUGUUUUAGAGAACUUCAGCACUUUGCGCCAGAGGGCAGAUCCUGUUUACAGUCCACCUCUUCAAGUUUCAGGGCUUUGCUGGAGACUGAAGGUUUACCCAGAUGGAAAUGGAGUUGUACGUGGUUAUUACCUCUCUGUGUUCCUGGAACUCUCAGCUGGAUUGCCAGAAACGUCCAAAUAUGAGUACCGUGUUGAGAUGGUUCAUCAGUCCUCCAAUGAUCCUGCCAAGAAUAUCAUUCGAGAAUUUGCAUCUGAUUUUGAAGUUGGAGAAUGCUGGGGUUAUAAUAGAUUUUUUCGUUUGGAUUUACUUGCAAAUGAAGGCUAUUUGAACCGGCAAAAUGAUACAGUGGUUUUAAGAUUUCAAGUGCGUUCACCAACUUUCUUCCAAAAAUGCCGGGACCAACAUUGGUAUAUUACUCAGUUGGAAACUGCCCAAACUAGCUAUAUCCAACAAAUUAAUAAUCUUAAAGAGAGACUUACCAUUGAACUUUCCCGAUCCCAAAAAUCAAGAGGCAUGUCACCACCAGACACUCACCUUAGCCCUCAAAAUGGUGAUGGUCUUGAGGUGAGAGCUAAGAAAGCAGGAUCAAGUUGUGAAUUGCUUCUUGAGGGUAUGCCUGCUACAGCUUCAGUAAGAGAGGCCAAAGAGGAUGAAGAGGAUGAAGAAAAGAUCCAACACGAAGAUUAUAAUCAUGAGCUUUCAGAUGGAGACCUGGAUAUAGAUCUUGUUGGAGAAGAUGAAGUAAACCAUUUAGAUGGUAGCAGUUCUUCUGCCAGUUCAACAGCAACUAGUAAUACUGAGGAAAAUGAUAUUGAUGAAGAAACUAUGUCUGGGGAGAAUGAUGUGGAAUAUAGUAAUAACAUGGAAUUAGAAGAGGGAGAACUCAUGGAAGAUACAACUGCUGCUGGAGCUUCAGGCAGUAGCCAUGGUUAUGCAAGUGCAAGCCGCAGAACUUCAAGGCGAGCUGGAAAUACAGGGUCUGCAGCUAGUAGCAGUUUAUUAGAUAUUGAUCCCUUAAUUUUAAUACACUUGUUGGACCUUAAGGACCGGAGCAGUAUGGAAAAUUUAUGGGGCUUACAGCCACGUCCACCUGCUUCACUGCUACAGUCCACAGCCUCAUAUGCCAGAAAAGAUAAAGAUCAGAGGAGACAACAGGCAAUGUGGAGAGUGCCUCCAGACUUGAAGAUGCUAAAGAGACUCAAAACGCAAAUGGCUGAAGUGAGAAGCAAGAUGUCUGAUGUAAAGAACCAACUAUCAGAAGUAAGAAGCAGCAAUGUUGGGUCCUGUGAUGUCCAGCCCAACUCUUUUUCUGCUGAUCAGAUGUCUUUGGCUGCCUGUACAACAGAAAGCUGUGGCAAAUUACAAGAUCUGGGAAUGGAACUUCUGACAAAGUCGUCAGUUACAAGUUGUUACAUCAGGAACUCUACAAAUAAGAAAAGUAGUUCUCCCAAACCUCCCCGAUCCGGUACAGCUGGAAGUUUGUCACUAAGAAGAGCAGUAGAUUGUGGGGAAAACAAUCAUCGCCCAAAGGGAGACUGUCAGACUUCCUCUGAAGGGUGCCCUGGAAGCUCACAGUCCAGUAGCAGACAUAGCCCACCCCGGGCCUUGACUCAUGGCAACAUCUGUGAGGUACUGACCAAAACAGAAGACAGACAGUGUGAAGUUUUGGAUCCAGAUGUCCUGAUUGUGGCAGGUUUAAAUGGCUUACCUGUUAUGGAGAAGACAAGAAAAAUGGUCACAUUGGGGUCUAAUGCUAAAGGUUGUCGCAUAGAAGGGACCCCAAUAGCUGAUAUGGAAAACAAUUCUGAAACUGGGGAGUUACAAGCCAUACUUCCUGAAGGGGCUUCAGCUGUGCCUGAAGAAGCAGUUCUCUGUCAGAAGCAUGUUCUUCGGCUCCUGCCAGGAAUGAGCAGUGAUAGUGAUGUUGAGUGUGACACUGAAAAUGAAGAGCAGGAAGAGAAUGCUCCUUUGGAUGGAUUUAAUGACUCCUUCAUGGGACAGCCCUCAGGGGAAGAUACAUGUUCCAGUUUUCCUGAAGGUGAUCAGAUAGCCCUGAAGACCUCAGUUUCACUACUGGCGAGAGCAGUGGAAGAAUUAAUUCAUUUCAUCAAAAAAAGAUUUAUUUAGGCACUGAAGAUGCAAAGAAGAAACAUUUCAGAAAACAGCCCAAUUGUACUGUAUUUUGAAACCAUACUGAAGGAAAUUCUCUUUCUGUAAAACACAUGUGAAAAGAUAUAUUUUCAUAUUUCAAUAAUAGGAUUGUAAUCAGUAUCCUAACACAGAAUUCCUCUAUUACUUUGGAAGCAAAAGUUGGCACGUAUUAGAAAGCACACUUCCAAGUGGCAGGUCCAAUGGCUGUUUAUGUAAGUAAGCACAGAAACUGUGCUUACAUUCUGAUGGAAAUCAUUCUGGUAUUAGUUGAGCCUUGGACAAGAUUCAUUGUUUGGCAAGUGAACAACAAAAGUGAGGCAGAGAGGAAGCAUAUUAUGGGAGGUCACAUACUAAAUCAGGAAAGCCCCUGGGAGUCAUUCUUCCUUCUGUGUCUUAAAAUAGGAUAACCAGGGAAAGUCUGCAGCUGAUUUGGGUGAACUGGAUUUGGGGUUCUAGAAACUUUUUUUGCCUUGACGUUUGAAUUAACUAUUUGCCAUUCAGUGGUGUUUGUGGUAUUGGAAAUGUCUUUGUGUUCAAUAACUAAUAAAAAAAGUUAACUUAUA